AUGCCAACUGUUGAAGAUCCGAGUAGUGAACAAAACUUCAUUGCACACUGGAUGUCCAAUAGUUCCCGUGCUGGAGUCUUAUUAGAUCCUAGUUUUACUGGUUCGAAAAUCAACAAAGAAAAUUUGUUCUCUGGACCUGAAAGCAACACAGCUUUCCCUGCCGAAGUAUUGCGUCUUUCAGACAGCUGUUCUGUAAGUGAUGACUCCUUAUGUGAAGAGUCUGGCAGCUCUUGUACACUUCAGGAGUGUACCACUGAAACAUCUUUUCCAGCAGCAGCAUGUAACGUAGAAACCUCUAAAUCAGACUUUGUCCAUGGUGAAGUGGAUAGUCAGAAUAAACCCGAUCACAGUGAUCCGCUCUUACAAAAGCUUGAACAGCUGAAGGAAUUGCAACAACAGAAACGGGAACAGCUAAAGAAACAACAGAUGGAGCAACUUCAAAGGCUAAUGGAAGAGCAGCAGAAGCUACUUAGCAUGGUAUCUGGCCAGACAGCAGUUCUUGGCUGUGCUCUAAAGGCUGAAAGUCAAAAGCCAAGACCUGGUGAUUCAGUGGGCUUAACAACUUUACACCAAUUGCCAUCAUCUGGAUAUCAGAAUAUCCUUGAAGACAGAGCAUAUGCUCCGAUUGUUUCUCCACGUGCACAAGACUGUGAUUUUUUACAAAAGUUAAACAACAACGAAUGCACCUCAUCUUUGAAGAACAGUCUUUCAGGAGUGUCUGCCUGUGAGAAACAAGGAAAAAACAUGUGGUGUCCAGAACAAAAGAUGGAAAUAUUAACGGAGAGUGAAGAUCAUCGCAUUGAUCCUUUAUGUGUGGAAAUUGCCAACCUCUCUGAAAAUUCCAGUGGAAGAAAACAUUUGUGGACUAAUACAGAGGAAAGACCUAUUAAAGCUGCGAUUCAGGAGAACAAACAGACAUUUGAAGAAUUCCUGGAAGAACAGAUACAACUAGAGGAGCGGCGUCUGGAGCAAACCCAAAAGUUACAGGAGACAAACGGAUCAGCCAUUCAAAAACCAGUGAUCAGACAACCCUUCCUGAAAAGAGGAGAAGGCUUAACAAGAUUCACUAAUGCCAAAUCUAAAAUUAGAAAAAUUGGAGAAAACACCCCAAAACUUCAACAAAGGGCUUCAGAUGACAGAAAUAUUAAAGUGGACAGAUCACAAAUACAGAAGAAAAUUAUGCUUCCUGGCAAAAAACUGGUUUCUGGGAACUCUUUUGCACCAUGUAAAAAAUACAACCACCCUGAUAAAGCAAAACGUUGUGCUCUUCAGAAGACCCUGGUACUCAGGAAUCACAAUGGAAAAAAUACCUUACCAUUAGAAACAAGAAUGCAACCAGGAAAAAAUCACGAUGGACAGAUGAGAGAUUCUUUCCCAUCAGAAAUUAACAACAAAAUAGAAAAUAAAGAGAACAUAGUAGAAUUUGCUAAGUCACACACUAGCAAAAUUGGAAACAAAUUACCUGGCAGAGAAAAGCCUCAGUUGUCUUGUGAGCUGGCCAGUGGCUUUUCUAACUCUAAAUGUCCUGUAGGUCACCCUGUAAAAGAUUCAGAACUGUCUUUUGAAGUUUCAUUUCAGAAUAAGCUGGAAAACUGGGAAAAAGAAAAAGAGAAAGAGAAUCUAGAACUAGAUGAAUUUUUGUUUCUAGAACAAGCUGCAGAUGAAAUAUCUUUCUCGAGUAACUCCUCAUUUGUGCAAAGGAUCUUAGAUCAAGAUCAGCAAAAUUUAAAAGGCCGCAGAAUGUCUUCUACCCCUAUCAAGGCAAAACAGCAGCAAGUAAAGGCACUGGCUGUUGAACUUAUAAAUAAGCAAAAUAAAAAGGCAGACUGUACGACACAGGGAAAUAUAGAUGAUGGAGCAGUUAUGCAUGCAGUCCCAAAUUCAGCUUUUAGAAUGCAGGAUCCAUUGAGUAAAACUGACAGGGUAAUAUUUUCAGCUUCUUCCAUGACAGCAGCUCCGGCUUUUAAAAGUAAUCAAUGGAUUGUAAAUGAAGAUAAGGGUGAGGGCAAUGGUGAUGCUACUACAGAUUCUGAGAGUGAAUUUGAGACCACAUUAAAGCAUGAAAAUGAAGAUGCUAAGGCAUCUUUUUUGAGCCAUAGAGAAAGCGAUCCAGAAUGUUUUGAUUAUGGAGAUUCUGUUACAGACAUCAGCAGAGAAAGCAAAAAUGGAGAUGCUGACCUUGGCUUGUCAGACAAAGAGUGCAGUGCACUGUCAAAGCAAAAGAUUAGAAAAGCUUCAGAACAUCAGAGGGGCAUGUCUUGUAUAAGUCGGAGUAAGUUCGAGUUUGAUGAUGAAAGAACAUGGAGUGAUCUUGAUGAAAAUUAUGUUAACAGUGAUUUCCCUGAAAAAUACACUAAAAUACCUUUACAGACGGACUUUUCCAGUCAGAAUAAUACAACUGUCCCAGGUAAAGCAAUAAAGAGAAAAGUUGCCUCAAAGGGAGGAGAUGAAAUGUCCAAAGAGUCUGCCGUGGACAGUGAUUCAACCGGACCGCCUGUAUCAAACCUGAUGAUGAAACUGUUUCCUUCGCUGAAACCGAAACAGAAGGCAGGCUGUCAUUCAGAGCAUGAAAUCAAAUCAAAUGUGGAGCAGGAGCCAGGAGGAAACACUGUUCCAUCCCAGGUACUGAGAGAGAGACUGACUGAAUUGGAAACUGAAAUAGAGAGAUUCAGAGCUGAAAACACAACUCUAACUAAACUCCGUGAAGAAAGAGAGCAUGCCUUGGCAAUCAUCAGGAAAGAAAUUGCAGCCUUUCAACAGCAGAAAGCCCGAGAACUGGCUGAAAUAGAAGAAUAUAAAAAAAAGGAAAUAAAAAAACUGCAAAAGGAGCGUAAAGUCUUUGAAAAAUAUACCACAGAAGUUAGAGCAAUUCCUGAUAAAAAAGAACGCGAUGAAAUUCAGGCUUUGAAACAGCAGAUUGCACAGUUACAGGACAAUUUAAAACGAAAAGAGGCAAAAUGGUCAACCACCCACCGACGCCUGAAAGAUCAAAUAGAAGCUUUAGAAAAUGAGAAUAUGGAGUUAAAAGAGGAAGUCAAAAUAAUGGAGAGGUUUCGUCUAGAAGCCUGGAAGAAAGCAGAAGCUGCUGGAAGCAAGAGGAAAAUAGAAAAUUCUGGGAUGACUCUAAGAAGAGCAGAAUCUUGUCUACCAAACAGAGGCCCAAAAAGUCAAACUGCAUCUCCGCUUCUUCCAGUACAGAACUGCAUCAAGAUAAAUGGCAAAAGUUGUUCACAGGCAAAAGGAAAGCUUUCUAUAACACCUGCAUUGGGACCUGCCAGUGACAGAAGCAACUCUGAGACAAUGACAGCACUAGAAGAUUCCUCUAGGAAUUUUAUGGUAGACACUGCUCCUAAUGAAGCUCAUGUGUCACUGCUAUCUGGACCUGCCUGCACAGACAGUGAAGAGAUAGAGAGAGAAACUGCUUAUCCUGAUGGAAAGGUUGAAAAGGUUUUGAAAAACGGCUGUCACCUCAUAUUUUUCCCCAAUGGGACGUGGAAAAAAGUGGGUUCUGAUGGGAAGACUGUAACUAUAACCUUCUUCAAUGGGGAUGUGAAGCAGGUUAUGCCUGAUCAGACAGUGAUUUAUUAUUAUGCUGAUGCUAAGACUACACACACUACAUACUCUGAUGGCUUAGAGGUCUUGCAGUUUUCAAACGGACAAAUAGAGAAGCAUUAUCCUGACGGCAAGAAAGAAAUUACCUUCCCUGAUCAAACUAUUAAAAACUUAUUUACGGAUGGGCAAGAAGAAAGUAUCUUUCCAGAUGGUACUAUUGUUCGUAUUCAGCGAGAUGGAAGCAAAACUAUAGAGUUCAAUAAUGGCCAGAGAGAACUACACACAUCGCAGUUCAAGAGACGGGAGUAUCCAGAUGGUACCGUCAAGACCGUGUACGUGAACGGACAGCAGGAAACAAAGUAUGUCUCUGGGAGAGUAAGAGUAAAGGACAAGGAUGGUAAUGUUAUCAUGGACACUAAGUUGUAA